CUUAAAAAUGCUCCAUAGAAACAACUGCACAGAAACAAUAGAAUAAUUCGAUAUGUUUUGAUUAGGUACAAAAAAAAUAGAAAAAUUGAAAGUUUUUAGUUUUACAAGCAUAGGCACGAUGACACAGGAGGCCGGUACUUAUGGGUAUGCCAGCAAUGACAUCCAGGAUGUGGCCCUGGGCGUGGAGCGUUUAAUCAACGAAACGAACGAGGAUUUGAAAACCUUUCGUGCCGAGCAAUCAACUCUGCGGUCACAGCUGAGCGGCGUCAUUGAAGAGAAUAAACGACUGAGCAGUGAGCUGGGCAAGUACAAGAAAUCCAUGGGGUCUGAACCCAUGGACGAUGUGCACAGCCGCUUGAAAUGCACGAGUGAUGCCUUGACCAAAGCCAUGCAACAGAUCGAUGCGCUUCGCAAGGAGCGGCAUUGCUUUCAAACGCUCCACGAAUGUUCCCAACGCACCAUCGAGCACAUGGAGACCGAGCUGAGAAAUUAUCGCGCCCACAUGCCAAUGGGCACUACCGAAGAGAGCAAACUCCAAGUUCAGGUUAAUCAAAAGUACGCCAAUGCGAUGAAAGUGCUGGAGGGGAAGCUAGGCGUCCAGCAGGAGGAGCUGGACACGCAAUCUAGGUUGAUCAAGGCUCUGCAUGAGCACAAACAGCGCAGUGGGGAACAAAUUCAACAGCUGCAGACCAAGCUCAAGGAGAAAGCCUACAAUGGCGUGAUCAUGGAUGAGAAUAAGACUAAAAUUCAGAAAUUGCAAAAACAGGUCAAGGAAUACGAGAAAUCGUUGAAUUAUACGCGCUCCCUACUCGAGGAGAGCAACAAGCGGGAGGCGCAGGCCAUGCGUAAGGUCCAGGAUGCGAUCUCGCUAAGUGAAGCGGCAAUGCGCGAAAAAGUCGAGGCAGAGAAGCGUGCCGAAUCCUACAAGGAGGAGUCCACCCAACUGGCCAGCAAUAUUGGCAGCAUAAUGGAUGAAGCAGCCAAACGUGUAGACAGCGAAGUGGCGCAACUCAAAGCCAAGUUAGAGGAGAAGAACAAAGCAUUGGUCGUAUUGCGAGAAAGGUUCAAGAACGAAAUGGCGCACAAUAAGUCGGUGGUGCAGAAGCUGGAGUCGCACAGCAAUCGUCUAGAGUUUAAGUACAAGGAGGCUUUAAAGCAGAAUGACAAGCUGGCUAAUGAGGUCGAGGUAGCCUGCAAGCAGUUGAAUGAUCUGGAGCGUGCCAACAUUUCGCGAUGCGAUGAGGCCCGACAGGCGAAAAUGAAGAAGCACUACGAAAGUCAAAUGGAACGUUAUAUGCUCGCUCACAAGGAAAUGAAGUCCCGUUAUAAAGACGCACUGAACGAUCUCACACAAAAGUUUGAGUCUGAAAUUUAUCGCCUGCAGAAAGACAAUGCGGAAUUGCUCGCCGACAAUGAAAUGCUGAAGAACGGCGCCGCUGGUGAUUGUACUCGAGCUAAAUCUCCAAAGGCCAAGUAGAAUAUAAUAGAAUGACCUUCUUUUUUUUUUUAAGAAAACAUUGUAUAUUUUUUAAAGUUGUUAUAUACAUACGUGUUAUAAAUUGGGUUAAAAAUAAAUUAUCGUACAAGUAGUGCGAGCUUUGUAAGACUAA